CCAAAGCGAGGGCAGGCAGGAAUCCCACAAUAGCAGGCAAAGGGUUUUUCUUUUUUUUUUUUGAGGCAGAGCUGGGCUGGUGGCUGUUUCAAUCAAAGGAAAGGCAGAGAGGGAAGGGAGGCUCUGCGGAGAGAUGUUAAGAUGGCAGAGCUACAAAUGUUGUUAGAGGAAGAGAUUCCGGCCGGUAAAAGAGCGCUCGUGGAGAGUUACCAAAACCUGACGAGAGUAGCAGACUACUGCGAGAACAAUUAUGUCCAGGCCCAGGACAAGAGGAAAGCUCUGGAGGAAACCAAAGCCUACACCACCCAGUCCCUGGCUAGCGUGGCCUACCAGAUUAAUGCCUUAGCCAACAAUGUGCUGCAGCUGCUGGACAUCCAGGCCUCGCAGCUGCGGCGCAUGGAGUCCUCCAUCAACCACAUCUCUCAGACGGUGGACAUCCAUAAAGAGAAGGUGGCCAGGCGAGAGAUCGGGAUCCUGACCACUAACAAGAACACAGCAAGGACUCAUAAGAUCAUAGCGCCGGCCAAUAUGGAGCGGCCAGUCAGGUACAUCAGGAAGCCAAUUGACUACACUCUACUGGAUGAUGUCGGCCACGGCGUUAAGUGGCUAAAAGCCAAGCAACAUGGAAACAAUCAGUCGAUCAGAGGAGGAACACUAUCGAGGACCAAUCCGCCGACGCAAAAGCCGCCCAGUCCGCCGAUGUCCGGGCGUGGCACGCUUGGACGCAACACGCCCUACAAGACCCUGGAGCCAGUGAAGCCGCCCACGGUUCCCAAUGACUACAUGACCAGCCCCGCCCGACUAGGCAGCCAGCACGGACAGCAGCAGAGCCCCGGGCGCACGGCGUCGCUCAGCCAGAGGCAACGCACGCACAGUGGAAGCAGCGGGGGCAGCGGCAGCAGGGAGAACAGCGGCAGCAGCGGAAUUGGCAUUCCCAUCGCCGUGCCUACACCCUCCAUCCCCAACUCUGGACCAGUCCCAACCAUGCCUGCUCCCCCGGGAGCCCCUCCGCCUCCCCCACCCCCUCCUCCUCUACCUCCACCUGCUCCUCCCAUGGCCGGGAUGGCCCCUCCAGCGCCACCACCGCCACCUCCCAUAGCUGUGGCCCCUGGACCUGGUCUGGGACCCGCUCCAAUGUCCCAGUUUGGAACCAUCUCGCGGCAGAUUUCGCGGCACAACUCUUCCAACUCCUCUGUCUCUAUGGUUUCGGCCACGGGCACCUACCGGCGGGCGCCGUCGGUCACUUCGCAGUUCUCCUUGCAGCAGCAGCAGCAGCAACAACAGCAGCAACAGCAGCAACAGCAGCCUCAUAUUAAUGGAGGCACUCCUGGCUAUGGUCAGAACUCAAUGUCUAUCGCUCCUCCUCCUCCCCCCAUGCCCCAGCUGACUCCACAGAUACCUCUGACUGGCUUUGUGGCCAGGAUGCAGGAGAGCAUUGCAGAUACUCCUACUCCUCCUCCACCUCCUCCUCCAGAUGACAUGCCCAUGUUUGACGACUCGCCACCGCCUCCGCCACCUCCUCCGGUGGAUUACGAGGAGGAAGACGCCGCAGUCGUGCACUACAACGACCCCUACGCCGACGGAGACCCCCAGUGGGCUCCCAAGAGCUACAUCGAGAAAGUGGUGGCCAUCUACGACUACGCCAAGGACAAGGACGACGAGCUGACUUUCAUGGAGGGCGCCAUCAUUUACGUCAUCAAAAAGAACGACGACGGCUGGUUCGAAGGCGUGUGCAACGGCACCACCGGCCUCUUCCCCGGCAACUACGUGGAGUCCAUCAUGCACUACGCCGACUGAAGGGACCUUUCAGUUAAAGUACAGCAUAUUUAUUCAGUCAUAUCACAAUCCACUGAGAGACUGACGGCAGAAAUCUGACUCCCGAGAUGCAUAACCACGUGAUCCCCCCCGCCGCCGCCCUUUUUCUUUUGUUAUGACGGAAUGUUUUUCCCUUACUGAUUGCAAAUAAAAUGACAAAGGUAUAUCUAUUUAGUUAAUUUUGGUGUUAUGGACAGGUGGGGAACAUUUAAGGAAUAUGUAAAAUAAACUUCUUUUUUUUUUUUAAAUGAAUUGGACUGCACAUGCUCACACAGUUGAAGGAUGUACGGUGAGAUCUUGCCUGAACAAAACGCUGAACAAGAGUCUUUAGGUUUCGAUGGAACAAAUAAAAAUGUAACGUAAGCACCUUCAGUGGAAGUGUUUGUACCGUUGGUUGUACAUAAUCCGAGCUGCAGCCACUCCGGGAGGGAAGGGGGGGGUUCUGUAAUGUAAAUUCAGUGAAUGUCGAUCAUAUGAUGCUUUUCAUUAGUGGUGCCGCCCUCCUCCUCCUCAACUCUGUAAAUGACAAAUGGACUGUUGGUGAUUCGCAAAUAAAUACUGUAAAUCGAAUUUCAAAGGAAAGAAAACUUACUGCGGGAAAAUCAGUCUCGGCGUCAAAGCAUGCAAAAUUUUUCAAGAGCUAAUGUAAUUUUAAGUUUAUUGCCAUUAUCCUUCCAUUAUGUUGUAAAUGUAUACACCUUUGCUUUCUCAUUACACUGUUGAAAUCCCUUCUUUAAAAAACUGAAGUAAAUGACAGGCUCGUCCCUUUUA